UGAAGCAGCGAAUGGAGCAGUGCGUCCCUUCAAGUCAUUCUCCACCCGGGAUCUGAAGUGACAACAUCUGACGCUCCGGAGUUCGCGCAGACUUUCUCCGUCUCUCCUGUGGAUCUACUUGAGGAUGAACUGAGCUAUUUCUGAGACAUACACUUUCUGUUUUUUUUCUGUCAUAGAGGAAGACACACGUCGGAUCUAUGAAAAAACCCGAGUGGAUUUGUAUUUUAAACCAGAAGGAAUGCAUAUUUUCUUUGUCAAACUAACUUUCUUGUUGUCGCUGAUAGGACUAACACGAGGCCUAAGAUGCUCCAUGCCCACGGAGUCGUGUUUGAACCAGGGGAGGUGUGAAGCAACAGCAGAUGGGAAUGGAGAAUGCAAGUGCCGUGAUGGAUACGUAGGGAGCAGGUGCCAGUUUCGUGACCCGUGCACCACCUCACCAUGCAUGAACGGCGGCACGUGUCGUGCCGUGUCCAGAGGGAACACAGUGGACUUCAGCUGCACCUGCAGACUGGGCUUCACUGAUCGCCGAUGCUUGACACCCAUUAACAAUAUCUGCAUCAGCUCACCGUGCCGCAACGGAGGAACCUGCGAGCUUGAGAGCCUCCAGUCAUACAAGUGCAGAUGCCCACCUGGAUGGUCAGGUACAACGUGCCAGCAUCCCGACCCCUGUGCCUCAAACCCAUGUGCCAACGGUGGCCAGUGCACUGCCAUUGAGUCGCACUUCAUCUGUCACUGCACACCUUUCUUCUCUGGGAAGUCCUGCAAACAGGACAUCAAUGAGUGCGAUGCGAACCCGUCACCUUGUAGGAACGGCGGCAUGUGCAUCAAUGAGGUUGGCGGGUACCGAUGCCAGUGCCCACAGGAGUAUAUGGGCAAGCACUGUGAGAGCCGCUAUCUGCCGUGUAACCCCUCCCCCUGCCACAACGGAGGCACCUGCAUCCAGAAGGGAGACACCAACUAUGAAUGCUCCUGUGUUCCAGGUUUUGCAGGAAAGAACUGCAACCACAACAUUGACGACUGUCCGGGUCAUGAGUGCCAGAACGGAGGAACAUGUGUGGAUGGUGUCAACACCUACAACUGUCAGUGUAAACCCGAAUUCACAGGUCAGCUGUGCACAGAGGAUGUUGAUGAGUGUCAACUGAUGCCGAAUGCCUGUCAGAAUGGAGGCACCUGCCACAACACCUUUGGCAGUUACCAGUGUGUGUGUGUAAAUGGUUGGACCGGAGACGACUGCAGUGAGAACAUUGACGACUGUGCCAGUGCUGCCUGCCACCACGGCUCCACCUGUCAUGACCGAGUGGCUUCUUUCUACUGUGAAUGCCCUCAUGGCCGCACAGGACUGUUGUGCCAGCUGGACGACGCCUGCAUCAGUAACCCAUGCCAGAAGGGCUCCAACUGUGACACCAACCCCGUUAGUGGAAACCACUUCUGCACCUGCCCUUUGGGAUACUUUGGAGCGUCAUGUGAUCAGGAUGUUGACGAGUGUUCACUGGGUUCCAAUCCAUGUGAGCACGCAGGGAAGUGUAUAAACACCAAGGGGUCGUUCCAGUGUAAAUGCCAGCGGGGUUAUGUGGGUCCACGAUGUGAGCUGGACAUCAACGAGUGCAUGUCGAACCCGUGUAUGAAUGAAGCCACCUGCCUGGACCAAAUAGGAGACUUUCAAUGUAUCUGCAUGCCAGGCUACGAAGGGGAGUUCUGCGAGAUCGAUACGGACGAGUGCGCCAACAGCCCCUGUCUGAACAACGGCAAGUGUAUCGACAAGAUCAACACUUUCCACUGCCAGUGCCCCACAGGCUUCACUGGGAACCUCUGCCAGAUAGACAUCGAUGAGUGUGCUAGCACGCCUUGCAAAAAUGGAGCCAAGUGCACCGACGGACGAAACAAGUACACAUGUGAAUGCACUGAAGGCUACACUGGAACACACUGUGAGACAGACAUCAAUGAAUGUUCCUCUAGCCCAUGCCACUAUGGUACCUGCAUCGACGGCCUGGCCUCCUUCAGCUGCCACUGCAGACCAGGUUACACAGGCCGUCUGUGUGAGACCAACAUCAAUGAAUGCUUAAGCCAACCAUGCAGGAAUGGAGGCACCUGCCAGGACAGAGAGAAUGCAUACAUCUGCAGUUGCCCCAAAGGCACCACCGGAAUCAACUGUCAAAUCAACAUUGAUGACUGCAAGAGUAACCCAUGUGACUAUGGGACAUGUAUUGACAAGAUCAAUGGCUAUGAGUGUGCCUGUACGCCUGGUUACACUGGUACUAUGUGUAACAUUAACAUAGAUGAAUGUGCCAUCAACCCCUGCCAUAAUGGUGGCACCUGUAUCGACGGCAUCAACGAAUUCACCUGCGUGUGUCCUGACGGUUACCGUGACAAAACCUGCUUCUCUCAGGUCAACGAGUGCCUUAGCAACCCCUGUAUCCAUGGUCACUGUGAAGACAAAGUCAACGGGUAUACAUGCCUGUGUGACUCUGGCUGGAGCGGCAAAAACUGUGACAUUAACAACAACGAAUGUGAAUCCAACCCAUGUAUGAAUGGAGGCACAUGCAAGGACAUGACCAGCGGAUACAUUUGCACAUGUCGCGUGGGCUUCACCGGACCAAACUGUAAGACUAACAUCAACGAAUGUGCCUCGAAUCCUUGCCUCAACCAGGGGACAUGCAUCGAUGAUGUUGCAGGCUACAAGUGUGUCUGUGCCCUUCCUUACACUGGAGAAAACUGUGAAACCUUAAUGGCACCGUGCAGCUCCAAACCCUGCAGACAUGGAGGAGAAUGUAAGGAGUCUGAGGAUUAUCAGAGUUUCUCCUGUGUCUGUCCUGAAGGAUGGCAAGGUCAAACUUGUGAGGUGGACAUCAAAGAGUGUGUGAAGAAUCCCUGUCGUAACGGAGCAACCUGCCAGAACACGUUGGGCAGUUACCGCUGCACAUGCAAACCAGGCUUCACUGGACGCAACUGUGAAACAAACAUCGAUGACUGCAAACCUAACCCCUGCAGCAACGGUGGCCUCUGUAAGGAUGAAAUAAACGGCUUCCUGUGUACCUGUCUACCUGGUUUCCGGGGCACAAUGUGUGAGGAGGACAUCAACGAGUGUGAGAGUAACCCGUGUAAGAACGGAGCCAACUGCACCGACUGUGUGAACAGCUACACCUGUACCUGCCCUGUGGGCUUCAGUGGAAUCCACUGUGAAAAUAACACACCUGACUGCACUGAGAGUUCCUGCUUCAACGGUGGUACCUGUGUAGAUGGGAUCAACACCUUCACUUGUGUUUGCCCCCCUGGCUUCACCGGCAGCUACUGUCAGCAUGAUAUCAACGAAUGUGACUCCAAGCCCUGCCUGAAUGGCGGAACUUGCCACGACAGCUAUGGAACCUACAAAUGCACCUGCCCACAUGGAUACACCGGACUCAACUGUCAGAAUUUGGUUCGUUGGUGCGACUCAUCUCCUUGUAAGAAUGGAGGCACCUGCUGGCAGACGGGCACCACCUACAGCUGUGAAUGUGAGACAGGCUGGACAGGAUUGUAUUGCGAUGUUCCAAGUGUGUCCUGUGAGGUGGCAGCCAAACAAAGAGGGGUUGAUGUCGCUCAUCUGUGUCGUAACUCUGGUCAGUGUCUGGAUGCAGGGAACGUCCACUACUGCCACUGCCAGGUCGGAUACACUGGCAGCUACUGUGAGGAGCAGGUGGAUGAAUGUAAUCCAAACCCCUGCCAAAACGGAGCGACCUGUACUGACUUCCUGGGGGGAUACACUUGCAAGUGCAUGCCAGGCUAUGUGGGGACCAACUGCUCUGAUGAGAUCAAUGAAUGUUUCUCCCAGCCAUGCCAGAACGGGGGCACCUGCAUUGACCUGAUCAAUACCUACAAAUGCUCCUGUCCCCGGGGAACCCAAGGUGUGCACUGUGAGAUCAACAUCGAUGACUGCAAUCCGUUCACCGAUCCGGUCACCAAAGAGCCCAAGUGUUUCAAUAAAGGCAAAUGCGUGGAUCGAGUUGGAGGCUACCACUGCAUCUGUCCUCUAGGAUAUGUAGGGGAACGCUGCGAGGGAGACGUCAACGAGUGCCUGUCCAACCCCUGUGACCCGCGAGGAACACACAGCUGCAUCCAGCUCACCAACAACUACCGCUGCGAGUGUCGCACUGGAUACACAGGCCAGAGAUGUGAGACAGUGUUUGAUGGAUGUAAAGGCAAACCCUGUCGUAAUGGAGGGACCUGUGCUGUAGCCAGUAACACCCCACAUGGCUUCAUCUGCAAGUGUCCUCCUGGCUUCACUGGCUCUACAUGUGAAUAUGACGCUCAGGCCUGUGGCACUCUCCACUGCCACAAUGGAGGUACCUGCAUCUCUGGUCCCAAGAGUCCAAAGUGUCUCUGCACUCCAUCAUUCACUGGGCCCACAUGUCAGGUGCCCACCAACAGCCCGUGUACUUCAAACCCCUGCUAUAACGGUGGCACAUGCGAAUACACCACUGAGGCGCCAUACUACCACUGCGUCUGCCCAGCUAACUUUAAUGGCCUUCGAUGCCACAUCCUGGCAUCACCAGAGGUGGAGGUCGAGUGUGGGAUCCCACAGUGUAAAGCAGAGCUUAAGCAUAACAAGUUCUGCGAUGUGCUCUGCAACAACCACGCAUGCGGCUGGGACAAUGGGGACUGCUCACUCAACUCCAAUCCAUGGAAGAACUGCUCAUCUUCACUGCAGUGCUGGCGCUACUUUAAUAAUGGAAAGUGUGAUUCACAGUGUGACAACGCCGGAUGCCUCUAUGACGGCUUCGACUGCCUGAACCUGGAGGGGCAGUGCAACCCUCUAUAUGACCAGUACUGCAAGGACCACUACGCAGAUGGCCACUGUGAUCAGGGCUGCAACAAUGCAGAGUGCGAGUGGGACGGCUUGGAUUGUGCUGACAAUAUGCCCGAGAAGCUUGCCAUGGGCCAGUUGGUCAUAGUUGUCCUCAUCACACCUGAUCAGCUCCUCAACAACUCAUUCGGCUUCCUGCGUGAGCUGAGCCGUGUCCUGCGCACCAACGUGAUAUUCAGGAAAGAUGCUAAGGGGGUAACGAUGGUUUACCCCUACUAUGGCAACGACCACGAGCUCAAGAAGUACAACGUCAAGCGCUCAGUCGACACAUGGUCAGAGGUUCCUGGUAAAGUGCUGAAUGUAGUCAAGAGGAAUUUGUAUGAUAUGGCAACAAGGAGCAAGCGAACCAGAAGGGAGCUCGAUCAUUUACAGAUUAAAGGCUCAAUCGUCCACUUGGAGGUGGACAACCGUCAGUGCUUCCAGCAGUCCACAGAGUGUUUCCAGAGCACCAACGAGGCUGCAGCCUUCCUCGGAGCCUUGAAAUCCAGUGACACACUGGACGUCCCCUACACCAUUGAAGCUGUUUUCAGUGGCGUGGACCCACAGCCGUCGCAGGACCUGUACCCGAUCUACCUGGUCCUGGGCGGUUUCGGGAUACUGGCCUUCCUCGGGGUGGGAGUGGUGGCUGCCCGAAAGCGCCGCCAUGAGCACGGGCGCCUGUGGCUCCCCGAGGGCUUCAAGACCACAGAGACUAGCAAGAAGAAGAGACGUGAGCCUGUCGGAGAGGAUUCAGUGGGAUUAAAGCCACUGAAAAACACCUCAGAUAUAUCACUCAUGGAUGACACCCAGAAUGACUGGGGAGAAGAUGAGCCUUCAGAUGCAAAACGCUUCAGGCAUUUUGACGAACAGGCUAUACUCGAAACAGACGACCAGACGGACCACCGUCAGUGGACCCAGCAGCACCUGGAUGCAGCUGAUCUCCGCAUCCCCUCCAUCGCUCCAACACCCCCUCAGGGCGAGAUUGAAAAUGACUGCAUGGAUGUCAACGUCCGCGGACCAGAUGGAUACACACCCCUGAUGAUUGCAUCCUGCAGUGGGGGAGGUUUGGAAACAGGCAACAGUGAGGAAGAGGAAGAUGCCUCUGCCAAUGUGAUCAAUGACUUUAUCUACCAGGGUGCUAACCUUCAUAACCAGACAGACCGUACGGGUGAAACAGCUCUUCACCUGGCUGCGCGCUACGCUCGUUCUGACGCUGCCAAACGUCUCCUGGAGGCCAGUGCAGAUGCCAACAUACAGGACAACAUGGGCAGGACACCUCUGCAUGCUGCUGUGGCAGCUGACGCUCAAGGAGUAUUCCAGAUUUUGAUAAGAAAUCGUGCCACAGACCUGGAUGCCCGUAUGCAUGAUGGCACCACACCUCUGAUCUUGGCUGCCAGGCUGGCAGUGGAGGGCAUGGUGGAAGAGCUCAUUAACUGUCAUGCUGAUGUCAAUGCUAUCGACGACUUUGGUAAAUCAGCCUUACACUGGGCUGCGGCUGUAAACAAUAUUGAGGCUGCCAUCGUGCUACUUAAGAACGGUGCCAAUAAGGAUAUGCAAAACAACAAGGAGGAAACCCCGCUAUUCUUGGCUGCCAGGGAAGGAAGCUACGAAACUGCCAAGGUUUUACUGGACCACUUUGCCAAUAGAGAAAUAACUGAUCACAUGGACCGGUUACCCAGAGACAUUGCCCAAGAAAGAAUGCAUCAUGACAUUGUGCGGCUGAUGGAUGAGUACAAUUUGGUACGAAGUCCUCCCAUGCAUGGAGGGUCACUCAGCACUACCUUGUCCCCCCCUCUGUGCUCACCUAAUGGCUACCUGGGCAGCAUGAAACAGCCCCAGCCUCAAGGUCAAGGCCAGGGGAAGAAGGCACGCAAGCCCAGUGCAAAGGGCAUUGGCUGCAAGGAUGGGAAAGACAUGAAGGUGAAAAAGAAGAAUUCCCAAGAUGGGAAGAGUGGCAGCCUGCUGGACAGCUCUGCAGUUCUGUCUCCAGUGGACUCAUUGGAGUCCCCUCAUGGCUACGUCUCCGAUGUGGCUUCACCGCCCAUGAUGACCUCACCUUUCCAGCAGUCGCCAUCUGUAUCCCUCAACCAUCUUCAGGGAAUGGCUGACCCACACCUGGCUGUAAACCACAUGGUCAUGCCUAAUAAGCAAGAGCUAGCGCGAAUGCAGUUUGACCCGCUGCCUCCCCGUCUCACCCACCUGCCUGUGUCUGGUUCUGGGGGUCAGGGGGCAAUAAACGGCCAGUGUGAUUGGCUCACCAGGAUGCAUGGGAACAUGAGCCAAGCCAGCCAGUUCAACCCCCUGAGAGGAGCUCCUGGUGCACAGGGAGGGCUGCUUCAAGGAGGGCAGCACAGUAUGAUGACCUCCCUCCACAACAACCACCCCACCACCAGCCUGUCCCAGAUGAUGUCCUAUCAGGGGAUCCAGAACAGCCGACUGGGUCCACAGCCCCACAUGAUGCAGCAGCAAGCUCAGCAGAUACAGCAGAUGCAAAACCUCCAGCAGCUCCAACAGCAGCAGCAGCAACAGCAGCAGAGCAUCCAGCUGCAGCACCAGAGCUCAAACACUACAAACAGCCAGAACUUCAUCAGCGCAGAGCUCAGCUCCCCAGAGCUCCAACAGGGCACAGGAAACUCCAGCAUACCCAUCCACACCAUCCUGCCACAGGAGACCCAGAUCAUGCCCACCUCCAUCAGUCAGUCAAUGCCCAGCACUCAGUUCCUUACCCCGCCGUCCCAGCACAGCUAUUCGGGCACAAUGGACAACACCCCAAACCAUCAAGUCCAGGUGCCUGACCACCCCUUUCUGACCCCCUCUCCUGGUUCUCCUGACCAGUGGUCAAGUUCCUCUCCUCAUUCCAACAUGUCUGAUUGGUCAGAGGGCAUUUCAAGUCCGCCAACGAGUAUGCAGUCUCAGAUUGGACAUAUACCUGAACAGUUUAAAUAAAAACCUUGUGUCAAUACACCCAGAUGAGCUGCUGAAUAUUUUUGUAAUAAAAAAGGCACUCUUUGUGGAAAAAAAAGAAAAAGGGCAAAGCUGUAAACAAGAUUUAACAGGACUUUUUAUAUGCUUUUAUACUAACAGCAACAACUGUGUUUCAUCCAUUCUUUUUAUUUAUUAAUGUCUUAUUUAUACACAUUGCCUGCUUACAGAAAUUUUGGGUAUCCAUGGUGUUGGGUCAUACACACGAUGGAGAGAAACUCUUUUCUUCUAGUACUUAGUUUUCUGCAGCAAAGUUACAUCGUACACACUGGGUAUUUAUUUUCUUGAGGUCUUUGACUAUUCUUUUUUCAUAUUUCUGACUUUGUUUAUACUUUUUUGUAUAAUCUUGUUUAUAAGGAAAAAUAUGAUUAAAGGGCAUUUAGUAGAGCACAUUGUAAGUUCUAGGAUUUGUUUCAGUCUUUUAUACUAUGGGAAAGCAAGUUCAUGUUAAGGAGGUUGUGAAUGCUAACAGAAAACAUGAUGUAUUUGAUGCACAGGUUAUUUUUCCUGUUUAAAUAUCACAAUUCUCUGUGUUCAUUAAUGAAGUCAGUAGAAACCCUAAUGUUGUGCCUCUAGAUUGGAUUACAUCUGUGUGCUCAUGCGGACACUGUUGUGGAGAUGGCAGUGGAUGUAAUAUGUUGUACAGUGUACAGCCAUCUUGGAGAUUGGCAGUUAAGACAGGCUUGUGUAUUAGUCCUGUGGUUUUGGAGAACUGGCCCCGUCGGCCACAGUGUAUGUUGUUUUUCAGAGGGAAAAGGAAACUUUUAACUUCCCCACUCCCUCCUAUUAGUUUGAGCCUAUGGCUGUGUUCUUCUUUUUGUAAAUAUGUUAUGCAUUUCCCUUGUAAGCAAGAUUUUGUUUAAGAAAUCUGAUGUCUUAAGCAUGCAUUUGGAUAGGUCUUGCACCAGUUAAAAGCCUCUAAAAUGUCAUCCAGAACAGAAUAUAUAUUUUAUAUUUUACCUUCCCAUAUGCAUAGAUAAAAUUGAACUAUAUACAAAUAGAUGCAAUAUAUUGUUAGGAGACAUUUUUCUCAUAAAAAGAAAAAUACAUAAAUAUUGAAAUUUUAUAAAUUCAUAUUUAUUUGUUGUUCUGUGACUUAAAAAUCCACUGAGGCAACCACUUGUGCAUAUGUUUUUGUUACAGUUUGGUAAAAUAAAAGAAAAAAAUAUUGCUAUGGCUAUGUUCUCAGUUGCAUUCAUUACAAUUGUUUUUGAGAUAAUCCCUGUUAUAGAGUGCAAAAAUGUUUAAAGUAAAAAAAAAAACAUUUUAUGUGGUAGUGAAAUUGUCAUCUGAAAUCUGCAAGAAAUGUAUUUUUCCUUUCCAUUUUCAUUCUGUAAAAAUGUUUCUUAUAAUAAAGGGCACUUCUGUGUCUUAAAUUUUAA